AUGCUCAUCUCCGACACUAUUUCGAGAAUCGAGCAUGCUCUGAAGGGGCUACCUCAUUUUCGCCGUUUACCAGCACCAACGAAGAGGAGACUGGCUGUCGAUACCACUUUGGUCGGCUUAUCCUUGAGGACUGGAUGCUUGAUUGACCUUUUCAGUCCUCAGGAGCCCGUCAUUGCGUUUUCCAGCCUAAUAACAGCUCUGAGAGAGGAUCCAACGACGCGAGAGCUAGGAGUGAAGAUCGCCCAUGUCUAUGAACCAGAAUCGGAUCAGUCCUUCAUAGCUAACGUGGAAGGGCUCGUAACGAGAGUGGAUCUUCUACUCGAUGGCGACUCCCAGAAGUCUUUCAAGACUGUAGUGUCUUGCGUAGCACUGUCUCCCCCGAACGGCUUUGAAUAUUUAGAAAAAAUACCGACCGAUAUCCUUGGUGCUGCGAGCUUCCUUCGGGAAGCGAUAUUGCAUGGAAAACAUCGGCCAUCAUUCUCCCUUCCUCCUGGCAUGCCCAUCAAUGUUACUGUACCCCUGGCAGCCAUCUUCCUCGACUAUGCGGUCGCUUACCGGCCUGGCGCCACAUCUCCAUCUUCCAGCCUUAUCUUUCUAAACGAUGUCCCAGUCGCGACCUACGAAUGUUUUCUCUCUUUCCAAGGUCCUGGUCGACAGCAGCAAAGGAUCAGCAUCAUGAAGUUCUCAUGCCCUGUAGCCCUCGAAGAACUAAUCCCUGAGCGGUUCUCCUCACAGAAGUUGACACUCCAGGUCGAAGAAGAGCUCACAAGAAGACUAGCACAGAUCGGCGACCCCUCAGCCGUUCUGACUGUCCUACAUGAAACUGUUGUCCAAGAGAGAUUGGCGUUGUAG